CUCUCCCUAGCUUUCCCUAACCCAGGAACACCGAGGAGCAGCACGCGAGUGGGACCGGCGGCUGUGCGAUGAUGCAUCCAAGUGCGCCGAGACGUCUACUGUAAUGGAGGAUGUUUCGUAAGAGAAACGAGGGCUUGGUCGGGGUCGGGCGAUGGGGAGGAGGGAGGGAGCAGUCUGGCCUCUGUGAAUCCACCGCCACCCAGCGAGCGACAUGCGUUGCGUCUCGUUGCCAAGCGCACCCGGCCUGGUCGUGGUGGCACGCAGACAGACAGACGCCACCUUCCUCGCUUUUCUCUUUCUUCUUCUCUCGCGUCGUUUCUUCACCGGUUCGAGGUGCUCGGAUGGGCGGGCUUGCGUGCGUGAAGGAAAUUUGGAGUACUGAAGGUGACGUCUAACAAGGACUUUGACACUAGGAGGAGGAAUACGUUCCCGUGGUACAUGGUGGCGACACUUUGCGAGUGAGCCAGAGCGUAGCAAGCCUUGUCCUGGAGAAUGAAAAAUGCGCACGGUUGAGAUGAUGCUGAGCGGCGCAUAGUGGUGGGAGUCAGCACACGUUGAAAUGGCGACGGAGAGCCCUGUUAUGAUGAUGUCUGGAGGGAUUAGAGGGAAUAUGGGAACUCUGGGGGAGGGCCUACGGACUGGGAGCGGAGGUGGUCAUGGCACCUCACAGGAUCUGGAUGGAGUUACUGAGUUGGGUCGUCUUCUGAAAGGGCGAACCCGAUUCGAUAACAUUUUGAACUCUGGACACGUACCGCAAAGAAGCGGCAGUGCUCCUCCCAGCGUGGAGGGGUCUUUGGCAGCGAUGGGUGGGCUGCUCGACAUGCCCACCAGCCACAAAGGCGGGCGUGGUGCGAAUGUUCAAUCAGGGGAGGAGGAUGUUUUGGAUGCCGAAGAAGCGCAGCGCGCAGAUCCCAAGUACCUGGUAUAUUAUUACAGCAACAUCAAUCUGAAUCCGAGGUUGCCGCCACCGUUGAUAUCGUGGAAUAACUAUCGGUUGGCACAGAGAUUGCAAUCUGGGAUGGGAGCUGCGGGAUUCGGGGACAAGAAGAAGUUGCGGUCAAUGGACGACAGCAGCAGCAGGUCCUUGUUCUCGAGCCAGCCGUUAUUGCCGACACACAGAGAGGAGCCGGAGGUUCCAGAGGAGGACAAUUCACCGAUGGAGGCCCUUGCGAGGACGGUGUCUAGCGACUGGGCAGAAAGAGAGAGGGGUGAUGGGUUGAUGGGUUUGUCGUCUGGGCUUGGCCCCCGUCCCAAGAGCCUAGUAGAUCUGAUUCAGGAGGAUUUUCCUCGAACGCCGUCGCCAGUGUAUCACUUGUCUCGGUCGUCAAGCAGAGCCGCAAACGACGAGAGCGAGGGUGCGAAUCCGGUGUUGGAGCUGCAAUUGGCCCAUUUGCGGGAGUCGGGUGCGGGCGAAUCGAAUGCUGGAGCAAGUGGUAUGGGGUCGCGUAGUACGACUCCCGUUCCUGGAGUGUCGAAUCUGCACCAAUCUUCGGGGCCCGCAGCGCCUGUACCGAGAAUACCUACGCCAGAGAUUUUACUCGCAAGCAGUGUCCGUUCCGCCAGUCCGAGUUUGGCGAGGAUGGGCGGGGUAUCAGGACUUUCUGGAGGAAAUAUAUCUUUCUCUAGUUCGGAUGCGCGGAGCGUGGGUCUGGGGCGAGCCGCGAGUUCAAGCGCUGCGGAUUUCGCUCAGAUGGCAAUGCCGAUGAACAGGUCGGCGAGUGCAAGCACGGCGGAUUUCGAGGCAGCCUUCCAAGGGUUGAGUAUGUCGGAUAUACAGGGAUCGACGGCAGCGCGAGAGGAAAGAGAAAUGCAGCAACAGCAACAGAAGCAGCAACAGAAACAGCAACAACAGCAGCUGCAGCAACAGCAGGAGCAACAGCAGGCGCGGCUGCAGCAACAGCAGCAGGCGCAACGGCAGCAGCAGCGAGCUCAAAUAGCUGCGCAGGCGCAGUCGCAGGCACAAGCUCAAGCAGCGCAGGCUUUGGCAUAUUCGCAGGCUUUCCAGCAGCAGCUGUAUCCGGGUGUGGACUCUGGGUACCGAGGUCAGCCGAAGUUUGGUGUGGGUGGAACGGCAAGCCAACAAGCUGGGGCGGCCGGGCUCCAGCCCAAUGUCGGGGCAAACAAUAAUCCGGCGAAUAUGUAUGCUGCUGCAGCCGCCGCCAUGUACAUGGCACAGCAGAAUCCGUACUACCCGAAUUUGAACUCUGCGGCCGUUUACGGUCCACAGCAUGGGUUGGGUGGAUAUCCCGUGAAUCCGGCGAUGCUGGCCCCUAUGAUGGCCGGAUACCCACCCCCGGUGUUCGAUCCUGCAACUGCAGCUGCUCUUGCGAGCAUGGGCGUGAGAGGCGGCGUCCCCGGUUCGCCUGGUCAAGCAGCGGUGGACAUGCAGAACCUGUAUAAGUAUGCGGGCGGAGCAUCGCCCCAGAUGCACGAUCCGAUGUACUUGCAGUACAUGCGUGCCGCGGAGGAGGCCCGUGCAGCGGCGCUGGAUCCUUCGGUACUGAGAAAUUACAUGGGGGGAGGUCCCGUGGAUAUGGUGGAGCUUCAGAAGAACCAGCUGAGUGCAAUGCUGGGCGGUUACAGCGCGGAGCAGAAGUCGCAGUUUGGGAGAGCAGGGUCAAUGGGGAUCCCGAUCGCGAGCCAGAAGAGCGGUUCGAUGAGCCCAGCGUACUAUGGCAGUCCUCCUGGUGUGGGUAUGCCAUAUAACAAUUCACCUCUGACGAGCCCGGUGCUUCCGGGGUCGCCGGUGGGGGCGGGAAGUUUUCCGAUGCGGCGCGAUGAGCGGAACAUGCGGCUGUCUUCUGCGUCGAGGACGAGUUCCGGCAACAUGGGAGCUGCGAGCGGGGCGACAUAUGCAGGGUGGCAGGGGCAGAAGACGGGCGAGACGACUGAAGAGAGUCGGGGGUCAACGUUGCUGGAAGAGUUCAAGAACAGCAAGACGAGGCGAUUCGAGCUGUCGGACAUCGCAGGGCACGUUGUGGAGUUCAGCGCCGAUCAGCACGGGAGUAGGUUCAUUCAGCAGAAGUUGGAAACGGCAACCCUGGAGGACAAGAACAUGGUUUUUCAGGAGGUGCUUCCACGAGCUCUGGUGCUAAUGACGGAUGUUUUCGGCAACUAUGUGAUACAGAAGUUUUUCGAGCACGGCACUCAUCAGCAGAGGAGAGAGCUGGCAAGCAAGUUGGAGGGACAAGUUCUGGUGCUGAGUCUGCAGAUGUACGGUUGCAGAGUGAUUCAGAAGGCGCUGGAGGUGGUGGACGUGGAUCAACAGACGCAGUUGGUGUCGGAGUUGGAUGGGAACGUGAUGCGGUGUGUGCGGGACCAGAACGGGAAUCACGUGAUUCAGAAGUGCAUCGAGUGUGUGCCGCCCGCUAAGAUCCAUUUCAUCAUCUCUGCGUUUUACAAUCAGGUGGUGACUCUGUCUACGCAUCCUUACGGAUGCCGGGUGAUUCAGAGAGUCCUAGAGCAUUGCACGGACGAGCAGAAGCAGAAGGGUAUCAUGGAGGAGAUAUUGCGUUCCACUUGUACUCUGGCUCAGGACCAAUACGGCAACUAUGUUGUGCAGCAUGUGCUUGAGCAUGGACGAGAUCACGAGAGAAGCGAGAUCAUCACAAAGCUUGCGGGGCAAAUUGUACAAAUGAGUCAGCACAAGUUUGCAUCGAACGUGGUGGAGAAGUGCUUGGAGUACGGCGGGCCAGUGGAGCGACAGAUACUGAUCGAUGAAAUGCUUGGUCUGACGGACGAGAACGAGCCGCUGCAGGCAAUGAUGAAAGACCAGUUCGCAAACUACGUGGUCCAGAAGGUGUUGGAAACGUGCGAUGAGUCGCAGCGCGAACUGUUGCUGGGUCGUAUUCGGGUGCACUUGCAUGCUCUGAAGAAGUAUACUUAUGGCAAGCAUAUCGUUGCGCGUGUGGAGAAGCUGGUUGCCGCCGGGGAGAGGCGGAGUGCUGCGUACAUGGCACACAAC